CUGAAAUCUUGACUUCUCCUCUAGAGUCUGGUUUCAGGCUGCUUCGGGCUGCCAUUGGCAGAUGAUACAGAGUAACCCAAAGUCUGUUCUCGCUUGGAGCUAAUCAGGCUGUGAGUACUGUGGCCUUGGCACACUGGCCUUCCUUCCUAGCUAGGAAGCUUGGUGUACAGGUCCGUCACGGCCCCCUGAGUCUCUUCCCCACUUCCCUUGGUUGCGGUUUCAGACCAUGAACUACGUGGGGCAGCUGGCUGAGACUGUGCUGAUCACCGUGAAGGAGCUGUACAAGGGCCUGAACCCAGCCACCCUGACAGGAUGCAUCGACAUCAUUGUGGUGAGGCAGCCGGAUGGCUCUUUCCAGUGCUCGCCUUUCCAUGUGCGCUUUGGGAAGUUGGGAGUCCUGCGCUCCAGAGAGAAAGUGGUUGACAUAGAAAUCAACGGGGAGCCAGUGGACCUGCACAUGAAGCUGGGAGACAAUGGAGAGGCUUUCUUCAUCCAGGAGUCAGAGGAGAAUGAGGAGAUGCUCCCCUCCUGUCUGUGCACUUCCCCUAUCCCUCUAGAAGAGAACCCCGAUCUUGUGGCUAAACCAUCCCAGGCAUCCACUGUGUCUCAGCUCAGUCUGCUUGGAGAGCAAGAAGCAUCAGGCUCUGAUGUGACGUCCCUUCGUAAGAAAAGGCGGCGCAGGAAGAAGCUGAAGCCAAAGGAGGCGGCGGACUCUACUUCAGAAGAGCAGGAAGGGACUGACAGCGAAAGGACUCUCGAGGAAAAGCGCAAGCUGCUGACUGCCUGUGAUUCAGUUUAUUUCUCCUUCACUGACCUCCCAAACAAGGAAUCUGGGACUGUGCAAUCCAAAGAGAUCCACCAUUACUCUGAUGGGGAGCUGGCUGCGCCACAGAGCCUUACUCCAAGCGGUCUGUCUUCCCCCAAAAGUGACUCUGAACUGGAGAUCAAACCCUCUGAGCCCUCUCUUGGAGCUGAACCCUGCAUGCAGUGGACUUGGGGGAGGCUCCCUCAGGUGAGUAAAUCGGAGCGAGUUGAACCAGUCAAAUCCACUGUGACCAUCAGCACAACAGCGACCAUCCCAGUGAGCCAGGCAACCCACUUCCAAGCCAUUACAGCAGGUUUGGAAGGCGACUUGAGAACAGCAGACUCCUGGGAUACGUCCUGUUCCUCCACCACACCUGUAAUUAGGCCAACACCCGUCUUCCAAAAUGGGAAUGGCCCCUCUGUGCUGAAAGACCAGCCCUUGGCAGAGUCUGCAGCCGAGAUGGAGAGUGUGCCUGAGACCACCCUGCCCCAAACAGGAGAGCAGGGAGCACAGGAACAGUCAGCGGGAGAAGCUGUGGAAGGAGAAGACAAUGUGGUGAAGAAUCAGCAAGUCCUAGAGCUGGAUCCCUCUUGUGCACUGGCAGCUCCAGCCCCAAGACAGGCUGGUUCAGAGAGCAUGGAACCCAGUGAUAGCCCAGGAACUAAAUCGGAAAGCCCAAGGAGGCAGGGUUUCACAAAGAGAAGCCCUCACAUGGGUCCCAGCGACAUUUAUUUGGAGGACCUCACCAAUCUGGACCAGGAACAGGUGGCCCUUUAUUUCCCCAAAAGUGAUGUGGAACUGGGUUCAAAGUCCUCAGCUGAUCCCAGCAGCCUCGGCCAUACCCAGCUGCUGGCUGGUCCUACAGCCGACGGAGGCACUGAUAACUUAUCCGACCCUACUCAUGACCUGAUGCACCCCAUCACGCUGUCUCUAUGUGGUGGUCUCGGGGACAGCAGAGAGAUCUUGCACAAGAAGUUCAUGGAGCACAUCAUCUCUUACCAGGAGUUUGCUGAGAACCCAGAAGUUCUCGAUGACCCAAACCUGGUGAUACAGAUCUACAAGAAGUACUAUAACUGGGCAGUGGCUGCUCCCAUGAUCCUCUCCUUGCAGGCGUUCCAGAAGAACGUUCCCAAGAGCACCAUUGACCGGCUGGUGAAGGAGAAAAUGCCCAAGAAGAGCGGCAGGUGGUGGUUUUCCUGGCGGAGGAGAGACUUGACUGCUGAGGAGGAUGAACUCAGCACAGGAGAACUGGAGCAGGGCUCUAUGCCACAGAGGAGGAAGAUGGAUUCUUCAUCCAGUGAUGAAUCCAUAUCCCCGGUGUCAAGACCUGAUGCCACCGUGCAGAAAUUUCUUCCCACCUACAAGAAAUCCCUGAGGCUCUCUUCAGAUCAGAUUAAGAAACUGAACCUUCAGAAUGGCCCCAAUGAGGUGGUGUUCAGCGUGACCACUCAAUACCAGGGCACGUGUCGCUGUGAGGCCACCAUCUAUCUGUGGAACUGGGACGACAAGGUGGUGAUCUCUGAUAUCGAUGGGACCAUCACCAAGUCUGAUGCUUUGGGUCACAUUUUGCCAUAUCUGGGAAAAGACUGGACCCACCAGGGCAUUGCCAAACUCUACCAUAAAAUCCACAUGAAUGGCUACAAGUUCCUCUACUGCUCGUCCAGGGCCAUUGGCAUGGCGCACAUCACCAAAGGAUACCUGAAAUGGGUCAAGGACCAGGGCUGUGCCCUCCCCAGGGGACCCAUCCUGCUGGCCCCCAGCAGCCUCUUCUCAGCCUUUCACAGGGAGGUGAUAGAGAAGAAGCCGGAGGUAUUCAAAAUCGCCUGCUUGACAGACAUUCGAAAUCUGUUUGGCUCCACGGGGCAGCCCUUCCAUGCCGCCUUUGGGAACAGAGUCCAUGAUGUCGAUGCUUACAAGCAAGUGGGGUUGUUGGAGUCUCAUAUAUUCACGGUGAACCCAAAAGGGGAACUGAUCCGGGAGCUCACCAAGAACCAGAAAUCCACGUAUGAACGGCUGACUGAGUUGGUGGAGCUAAUCUUUCCCCCGGUAGGCCAGGGUGUUAGUGUUGCUUUGCUGUGGCCAGAGUACAGCCAGUUCUCCUACUGGCGGGCUCCACUGCCGCUCAUUGACAUAGAAGAUCUUGCCUGACUCACUGGAGAAUGGAGACCUGGUGAGGAUGGACAACCUGCUAGGCCUCUAUAGCAGCCACUGCCACCUGUUGCCUAUUCUACUGCUGCUAAGGAGUUUCAUUUAAUAAACCCUGGACACCUUCUGGACUGUGAACCCCCUCUUCAAGGGGUAGUGGUGGGAUUAAUCCAGUUUUUGACUUAGAGGUGGUGGUUUAUUCAGUAGGAAUUGGAUGUUUUUUCCUGUAAACCAGAUACAUGUUUGAGGUUCUUCUAGGCUUGAAAUGACUUGUUGGUUUUAGGAGUGGUGGGUGGAUCCCCUUGGGUUGAUCUACUGAUGGAUCUUCACUGUGGCUGCUGCUAUUUACAAUUUUUGCUGGUGCUCAGACUGUCUUCAUGGCUACCUACGAUGUGGUUUUUUCAAGGGGAGGGUCCCCCAUCCUAAUCUACCCAACAACAGAGAGUUCAGAGCUUGGAUCAGUUGAGGUGCAGUUUAAUUGCUCAAUUUUGUUAAGGAGGCUGAAGAUAGUCUGGAUUAAAGUAGUUGGUCACUA